CACGAUCUUGGCUGAGAGCCGUUCCGUUCAGAACCCACAAUGCACCGCAGAUGAAGGGACUUCUCGGUUGGAAUGUCUGUUGCUGUCAGUGACUGGAGUGGAGCCGCGAGAAACUUUUGCUGGCAAUCCGUGACCACAUUGCAAAGCUUCGUAAUAAUACGACGGGUUCUGAGCUGCACGUGCCCCACCUGGGAGAAUGAACAGGGAUGAGAAGCCGGGCGGGAUGCUAAUUAAGUGCAGUAGCCCGGCCGACCUGAACCCCCCCUUCCGGGGAAUGGACUGGAGGAGGGCAGGAGCGGGGUUUCCCGAGCUGAUGCUGAACGGGCAGGAUUUCGCCCACCACACCUUGCUGGUAGACCGCGAGGAAGAUGAGGAAGAGGGUAUUGCCAGACGGUUUGUUCUGCCACGAGGCCUGGCCUCCAUGGAUGGACUGAUGGUGCGCAAGGAGACGGAUAACAUUAAACAGGAGUUCAAGCUGUCUGAUGCAGUGAUGCAGAUCAAAAAGGAAGGGGAAGAACUUACUGAUUUUCAGAAGAAGAAGAAAAUAAAACAGCACCCUCCUGCCAAGAUUGUCGGCAUGAAUGAAGACGGGUCGCUGGGCCUGCAGAGCGCAAGGCCUCAUGUGUGUGAACACUGCAGUGCCACCUUCCGAACCAACUAUCACCUGCAAAGGCAUGCCUUCAUCCACACAGGGGAGAAGCCAUUUCAGUGCAGUCAUUGCGAUAUGCGCUUCAUUCAGAAGUAUCUCCUUCAGAGGCACGAGAAGAUCCACACAGGUGAGAAACCCUACCGCUGCGAUGAGUGUGGGAUGAAGUUCAUCCAGAAAUACCACAUGGAGAGGCACAAGAGGACUCACAGUGGAGAGAAGCCCUAUCAGUGCAGUCACUGCCAACAGCUUUUCUCCAGGACAGAUCGGGUGCUGAAGCACCAGCGGCUGUGCCGUGAAAGCAGGAGGGCUGACGAGCUGCACGCUGGAGACGGGCUGGUGCUCAGCGGGCAGGGCCUCGGCUAUUCCUCACUCCCUGGGGAUCGCUCGCGGCCGAAGAAGCAAAGGCAUAAAGCUAACGACAAGCCCUGGCAUCCUGUAUGCCUCGAAGGGGGGGAGGGGAGAGAGGAGCCUGGACCGGGUAGCGGGGAGCGACCGUCGCCGUACUCGCGAGCGUCGAAGGUGAAGGACGAGUACGAGCCGGCUGAGUGUUCGGCGCAGCGCCGCGAUUCACCGGUCGGCAUCGGCCGCCUGGCGGAGGUUCCCGCUCCUGAGGCGAACGCCUCCCGCAACGACGUCCUGAAGACGCCCGCGAGCAGGAAGCGCCCGAGGAAGCCGGCCGGGCUGCGGGAGGACUCGUCUCCUACGUCCUCGUUUGAGGACGGGAAGGUCGCCAGGUACGCCUUCCAGCCGGCGGACAAGCCCGGAUUCCCGGGCCUGGAGAGUCACACGGACCUGGACCCCCGCCGGGGGGCGCUGAGCAAACCUCCGACGAGCAGCACCAACUACGACGACGCCGUGCAGUUCCUGAAGAAGAGGAGGUACCUGCAGGCGGGCGGUCCCAGCUCUAGCCGGGACGGCACCCUGAACGCGGGUAUCGCCGCGCAGACCUCCGGGAGCCGAUCCGCCGGAGCCAGCAUCGGCAACGAUGCGGCAACCGCCUGCACUUCGAAUUCUCACGCCGCGAAGACCGAGAUCAAGUCGACCCAGGACAAGAACAUCCUGACCGACGAGGUCUUUCAGACCCUCUUAGACCACUACUCCAACAAGGCCGGUGGGCAGCCAGAGGUCUCCUUCGGUGUGGACGACACAGAGGUGACCUCGCGCGUAUCAGUCCACUCAUCUGAUGUGUCUGCUGGCGGCCAUGUUGAGGCGCUGGGGAUGAGUGCCCAGGCGCCCCCUAGUGGAAAUGCCGGUGUGUUGCAGGAGUACUCCAAGUUCCUCCAGCAGACCCUGGAAAGGACGAGCCAGAAUGACAGUUAUUUGAACACACAGAGUCUUACCUGUGUUCCCAAAAGCCAGUCGCUUUCACACCAGCCUAAAUUCUCUGCCAUUGACACACAUUACACCUCCUCCAGUCGUUCUAGGUCAGGGAUGAACCCGUCUCUGAGCACGAGAAUGUCCUCAGAAAAAUCACACUUUGGGCUGCUUUUCGGGGACUCCCAGCAUUCCUUCUCAUUUUCCGGGGAGGAGACGAACCCAUCUUCAGUCUCCUCAACGGAGGACUUCCUCGAGCAGGUAACCCCUCCGAAAAAGUCCGACAGUCAGGUGACCGACUCACCUUUUCAGAUAGGCGCCUUUGAGCAGAACCUUCGAUCUCAGUUCCAGAGCUCUGGAUCUGCUGUGUCCUCCCUGUUUAGCUUCUCCAGUGGAGCAGUAAAUCUGCAUGGACACGAGAGUGGUACCGAUUUCUCAGAGUACCCUCUAGCCAGUGUGGCUGAUGGCAGAACUCCACCAACCUCAUCCCUGGAUUCUACAGGCAGCCAAAUGUAUAGUUGAUUUAUUAUUAAAAAAAAUUUUUUUUUUGAAACAUUUUAAUCAUUACAUAUCCUCUUUUAUGUCCAACAAAUCUUGGCUACAGAACAUUUGUUAUCCCUAAGUUCAGUGCAUUGCUGUUUAAAGUGUCUGUCCAGCACCUUUUAAUGGCUUCAAAUGAACAGGUUCACACACACAUUGUUUAUAGCGUAUUUGAAUUGUUAAAAUGGUUAUGGGACCCACCUAAAUGAUGAAAAAAAGAUUAAUAGAAGAAAUCAAUCUCAUUCAUAAGAUUGUAGCUGUUGCUGGGCUAGGAUGGUCCAGCUAGGAUAGCAUCUACGGUUGGCUCCUCGGUCAGCUUGCCAGAUUAAUGUACCAAAAAACACUUCCACCCCUUUACUUAUGAACUGCUACCCAAAGUAUCACCAUUUGCUUGUAACUGGGUAGGUAUGUGCAAACUGGCUAUGUGAGCUUUGAAAUACAAAUCAUAUUAAAAGCUGGACGGGUCUGCUAACUGGCUUUUCAGAAGGUGAGUUGUGGAGAUGCAAAAGAGCUACAAAGCAAAUGAGAGAUUUAGCCAUAGGUAGUCCUGACUGAUGGCUAACAAUGGUCUUGGCAUGUUUCAGCUUCAGACUAAUAGUGAUAACAUAGUCUAUUAACAUUCUGGAAAUGUAUUCAGUACAUAUGGACAUUUUGCUGGAUAGACACUUUAAGCCACUGCUAAGCUCUUUUCUUUUAUAUUUUCAGAAUUCAUCUGCAUUCAUCUGAGUUUUCAAUAACAAAAUGGGAAAAUAUCACGUUUAAGACUGUUUGCAGAGAAUUUGUUGGAUAAAAAUGAUUGAUUGUAUUUAUUGUAUGGGGAUGUGAAAGAUUAAAAAGGUUGGAGUUGAUUCGCUGCUGUUUGUAAAUCAAAACAUGAUACAAAUGAAACUAUUUCUUCCCUUAUUAAUGGCAUAACUGGUAGUCAUAUAACAAUUACUGGAAGAUACCACUUAGUCAGAUUGUUCAAUGAGCAGUUUGGUUGCCACAUAAACCAAACUGGUUUUCUUCACUGUUUUGUCUUGUUGGGGGGAAAACAAUUUCUCUUUGGACAAAAUUGUAGUAAGUUUAACUUUCUCCCACACAUCCUGUGUUACAGGCUUUUAUGUCAUGUGUCUACUUGCAUUUAGAAAGUUUUGUUUAUUUUUUAAUAACUAGAAAAAUAUAACGUAUUGACUUGCUUAAAACU